AUGCCCAUCACAGUCCUCAACCCGCAGGCAGCGGCCAAGCGGCCAGCUGCGGCCAUGUCUGUCGACUCAGACUCCGAUUCGGACUCCGGCGGCGGCGCUGCUGUCCACGGCGAAGAUAUCCUCACACCUGGCACCGUCAUCACAUCAAAUCCUCAGUGGAUGCGUGGACAUGGAACCUACGUCCUGCCCGGUUCGACGUCCAUCACGUCCUCCCUCGCAGGCACUCUCACCAAGACCAACAAACUACUCUCCGUGCGGCCGCUCCGCGCGCGCUACACGCCGGAGAUUGGUGACCUGGUCGUCGGCCGCAUCGUCGAGGUCCAGGCCAAGCGCUGGCGCGUCGACGUCGCCGCCUCCCAGCUGGCCAUCCUGCAGAUCUCCGCCAUCAACCUCCCCGGCGGCAUCCUGCGCAAGCGUACCGAGACGGACGAGCUGCAGAUCCGCAGCUUCUUCGCCGAGGGCGACCUCGUCGUCGCCGAGGUCCAGCAGCUGCACCAGGACGGCGCAGCCAGCCUUCACACCCGCAGUCUGAAGUACGGCAAGCUGCGCAACGGCGUCUUCGUCAGCGUCUCGGGCACCGGCGGCGGCAGCGGCGUCGUCCGCGCCAAGCGCCAGGUUUGGACUAUGGACGUGGCCAACGCCGGUGGCAAGGUGGAUGUCCUUCUGGGCGUCAACGGCUACAUUUGGAUCAGCAAGCACAUAGAAAGCGAUACGAGCGCCGAGGCGGCCGGCAUCAACCGCAUGGAGGAGAGCGUUAGCAGCAAGGUCUAUUCAAGCCAGAACGACCCGCUCGAUUUGUCGACAAUGCGGGAGAUCGCUCGGAUCCGCAGCGUCAUCCUAGCCUUGGUUGAGAACAGGCUAAAGGUGGACGAGGAUAUGGUCACAAAGGGAUACAGCGAGGCUGUGGAGUUGGGCAGAGAGUCAACGGAUGACGAUUUGUAUCUGGGUGGAGAGAAGGGCCAGCGCCUGGCCGCCGCCUUGACUGGUCACUAA